ACGUUGAGGCUUCUAGGGCCGAAUUCACUGGUGUUCUCAGGCCUCAAGCCUGCGGGGAUCUCACCGAGUUUGGAGCGGUGGGCUGGUCCUGAGUGGCGCUGGGCUGGAUUUUGCACACUGGGUGCGAGCGGAGUUGUGGCCCCGGGACUGGCUGGCUGGUGCUUUGGUGGCAUCGCAUCGCCGCGUUUUUCUGUCGUGAUUACAUCAUGGAAAACCAUUUGGCAAAAUCAACUGAAGAACGAACAUUUCAGUACCAAGAUUCUCUUCCACCCCUGCCUGUUCCUUCACUGGAAGAAUCAUUAAAGAAAUACCUUGAAUCUGUAAAACCAUUUUCAAAUGAAGAAGAAUUUAAGAAAACUGAAGAAAUUGUUCGAAAAUUUCAAAAUGGGAUUGGAGAAAAAUUGCAUCAGAAAUUACUUGAAAGAGCAAAAGGAAAAAGAAAUUGGCUGGAAGAAUGGUGGCUAAAUGUUGCCUACCUGGAUGUUCGCAUUCCUUCACAACUGAAUGUCAACUUUGCUGGUCCUGCGACCCAUAUUGAACACUAUUGGCCUCCAAAGGAAGGCACUCAGUUAGAAAGAGGAAGUAUAAGUCUUUGGCACAACUUGAAUUAUUGGCAACUACUAAGAAAAGAAAAAGUACCUGUUCACAAAGUUGGAAGUACUCCUCUAGACAUGAAUCAGUUUCGGAUGCUGUUUGCCACCUGCAAAAUACCAGGAAUAACUAGAGAUUCAGUUAAGAAUUAUUUUAGGACAGAGAGUGAAGGACAUUCCCCAACUCACAUUGUAAUUCUGUGUCGAGGCCGAGUUUUUCUCUUUGAUGUGCUUUGCGAAGGAUGCUUGAUCACCCCACCAGAAAUUCUCAGGCAAUUGAAAUAUAUCUACCAGAAGUGUCACAGUGAACCUAAUGGACCUGGAAUACCAGCAUUAACUAGUGAAGAGCGAACUCGAUGGGCUAAGGCACGAGAAUAUUUGAUUAGUCUUGAUCCAGAGAACUUGACAAAUUUAGAAAAAAUUCAAAGCAGUGUACUGGUAUUCAGCUUGGAGGAUGGCAGUCCACAAGUAACACCAGAAGAUUAUUCUCAGGUAGCUGCAAUGACCCUUAUUGGAGAUCCAACAGUACGCUGGGGUGACAAAUCCUAUAACUUGAUUUCCUACUUUAAUGGAGUGUUUGGUUGUAGUUGUGAUCAUGCUCCUUAUGAUGCAAUGGUUAUGGUCAAUGUCAGCCAUUAUGUUGAUGAGAAGAUUUUGGAGAAUGAAGGAAAGUGGAAGGGUUCAGAAAAAGUACGAGAUAUCCCACUUCCAGUGGAGCUUGUUUUUACUGUGGAUCAGAAAAUAUUAAAUGACAUCAGCCUUGCGAAAACCCAGUAUUUCAAACAGGCAUCUGACCUGGAGGUUGUUGUACGUGCCUUUACAUCUUUUGGCAAAAAGCUGACCAAGAAAUACAAGCUUCAUCCUGACACAUUUGUUCAGCUUGCACUUCAGCUGGCUUAUUUUAGACUUCAUGGACGUCCUGGUUGCUGCUAUGAAACAGCUAUGACGAGAUACUUUUAUCAUGGUCGCACAGAGACUUUGCGAUCGUGUACAAUAGAAGCAGCAAGCUGGUGUGAAUCUAUGCAUAAUCCUUCUGCCAGUCUUGUUGAGCGACAAAAAAUGAUGUUAAAAGCUUUUACAAAACAUAAUAAAAUGAUGAAAGACUGUUCAUCUGGAAAAGGGUUUGAUCGUCAUCUUUUAGGCUUAUUACUCAUAGCAAAGGAGGAAGGCCUCCCAGUUCCAGAACUCUAUACAGACCCACUUUUCUCCAAAAGUGGAGGAGGUGGAAACUUUGUUCUCUCAACGAGUCUUAUUGGUUAUUUUAGAGUGCAGGGAUUGGUGGUACCCAUGGUACACAAUGGCUAUGGAUUUUUCUACCACAUCAGAGAGGACAGGUUUGUUGUAUCAUGUUCAGCCUGGAAAUCAUGUCCAGAGACUGAUGCAGAAAAACUGGUUCAGCAGAUAUUUUAUGCUUUCCACGAUAUGAUGCAGCUGAUGAAUAGUGCUCUUCUUUAGAAAUGAAUAUCUAUCUCACAGGGUGCUAGUAGGGUAUUGGUG